AUGACAGCAACGGCGGCGUUCGAUCUAAUGGAGGGCUAUAACAAAUCGUAUUCGCAAUGCCAAAGUGGCGUCGUGUACGAUCGUCACAGACUCAUUUGUGAAGGCUCCGAUGCCUGGAAGCGCAUUGGCGUACGAGAUAUCAACCUUCGAUAUCUUGUGCAACGCCUAGAACACCUAGGCAACCUCCGACAUGAAGUUCUCGCGGGGAGAACGAAGAAGACGAUUCUGGAUGUCGAAAGUCCGCACGAGCUGCACAGCAGUUUACACUCACAUUCCCUUUACCCUCACCCUCCACACGAGAUGCUAGAACAUCAUCCGCAAAGCGUCAAAUCUCAGAUCAAAACUCUGUCUAUCGUCCUGGCUACACCAGGAGCAUGGAUCAAUUUCAGUCUCCCCGAAUGGCGCUUUCGGGCUGGGCAGAUUCUAUGGGAGGCAUGUCCGCAUGGCGAUGGGGACUGCUUAGACCCCGAUUCAAAUCACGAUAAAGUGCCGCGGGAUAUCUUGAUCAGGUCGGGGAUGGAGCGAAAGUGGUUGCUCAUCCAACUGCUCCUCUCUGCCGAAUUGCUUGUUCGCUUGGACGCGUUCGUUCGAGUUGACAUGUUGCAUGAUCCGCACGGUGGUCAUGUCACAAUAAACGAGCUUCGAGAAUUCGAGAAGUUGCGAGAAGGGAAGCUGAACUGGGAUCUGAUUGUUGUGCGUCGGUUCCUGAACAGUCUCGAUAUCACUUGCCCGCCGCCACAAUCAGGGCCAUCUUCUGGCUCGCGUGAGAAACCUCGUCGUUUUUCAUUGUUUAGUAGCCUCACCAGGCGUAGCAGCUCGCCUCCUGUUCCGGAUCUACAGUCUGCUUGGGACUGUGAACUGAGUUCUUCGCAUGUUCGACUGCAGCUGGAGGGUCUGUAUGUCUUCGCAGAAAAUAUCGGAUGGCCAAGAUUGGAUGCGCUGAAAGCUACCAUGGCGUUCAAACUUGGAGAUCCUAACAAUCCGGUACUUCCAACCCUAGUCGUCGAUAGCAAGUGGGGACGGGAAAAAAUAUCCAAGGAGACGUUACUGGCCAAGGAGGAUAUGUACACACGAAACCCCUGCCGCCGACGCGUCAAGCUUCAUAGCUCUGGCGAUCCGCAGUCUAAAUCGUUAGGCUGGAUCUCCCGCUCCUGGCUCUCGGCGUUCGUUAUACCCGGAGAGGGAAUCAGUCAUCUUCUCAUGGCGACUAUCCUUGAGAAUGACGCAGAGGCACUUGCCCAACUAGGCUCUAUUGCUAACCUUUAUGGAGCGUUCAUUUUUGACGAACGGAGCUGGUGGAGCAAAGCAUGUGUUGUCGGACGUGUCCUGUCUUGCUCAAAGGGAGCUAGGACAUGCAUGGGGUGGAUCAGCAGCGACAUUCUACCUCGAGAUGUGAAUACAGGGGAACUUUUCAAGCGUGGAUGGCUUGAAUUUGCAGUUGAAGAGGUUCCGCAGACCUCGAGCAGGCCUCGAAUCAAGCAUGGAGCCAAGCUUUCCAUAGAAUCAACACCGCUAGGCAUAGGUGAUAUCACAGCAGAGGCCUUUACACUUCCUAUGGAGAAUCCAGAGCCCGGUGCAGCACUUGAUGUCAAAAUCCAAGCGUUGACUAUGUCUGUCGAUGAUUACGGACCUUCCGAUGGGAACGGCAUUACAGCCGCUGAGGCAUCCAUGUCGUUCUCGAUCAAGGAUAGUGUUGGAGUUUCAACUACGGUUUGUUUCCCCCUCAGGUAUAAUGUGCGCUUUGUCUCCGCCCAUGAAUGCUGUCCACCGUUGGGAGUCGCCUCUCGCAAGUCCGACCGCGAGAACAGUGAUAACCAGCCUACGAGACCCGUGUCCAAGUAUACACGUCUACCAGGCCAUCCUCUGCACAUCUCUUAUCGAUACAAGUAUGUCUCGUUGGACUCUCUUUCCAAUACCCCGGCACCGCAACCGCCAUCGCAAAACGCAGACGCAGCUCAAACGCCAGAGAUUAUUGUCAUUGAUGCGCGAGGUAGCCGAGACAGAGAAAUGUUCGCUCGAGCGUGGUGUGCUGCUGUCGGGUGCCAUGCGAUCAUAAGUCGGUUCGGAGGAACUCGUGUGACAAGUUGUGUCGCGUGUUCAAUCAGGCAAGCGAGAGCCAUUGACGCAAUGGUUGUGGUGCGAGUGAGCGAAUGA